UCCUUCUGGGCAAACUUUGAUGGAGAAUUGCACACCGCGCUGGAAACAUGCCGGUCAUGAAAGGCUUACUGGCGCCUCAGAACACCUUCCUGGACACCAUCGCCACUCGUUUUGAUGGAACCCAUAGCAACUUCAUCCUUGCCAAUGCCCAGGUGGCUAAGGGUUUCCCCAUAGUCUACUGUUCUGAUGGCUUCUGUGAGCUUGCUGGAUUUGCCCGAACUGAAGUCAUGCAGAAGAGUUGCAGCUGCAAAUUUUUAUUUGGUGUUGAAACCAAUGAGCAACUGAUGCUUCAAAUAGAAAAGUCACUGGAAGAAAAAACAGAAUUCAAAGGUGAAAUCAUGUUCUACAAGAAGAACGGGUCUCCAUUUUGGUGCCUACUGGAUAUUGUUCCCAUAAAGAAUGAGAAAGGAGACGUGGUACUUUUUCUGGCCUCAUUCAAAGAUAUAACAGAUACAAAAGUGAAGAUCACUCCAGAAGAUAAAAAAGAAGGCAAAGCUAAAGGAAGACCAGGGGCAGGCACGCACUUGGACUCAGCCCGGAGACGGAGUCGAGCAGUCCUUUAUCACAUCUCUGGGCACCUGCAAAGAAGAGAAAAAAACAAAUUGAAAAUAAAUAAUAACGUUUUUGUGGACAAACCAGCAUUUCCAGAGUACAAAGUUUCUGAUGCGAAAAAGUCGAAGUUCAUACUUCUGCAUUUCAGCACUUUUAAAGCUGGCUGGGACUGGCUUAUUCUGUUGGCGACUUUCUAUGUCGCCGUGACGGUGCCCUACAACGUCUGCUUUAUUGGCAAUGAUGACCUGUCCACGACAAGGAGCACGACCGUCAGUGACAUUGCAGUGGAAAUUCUUUUUAUCAUAGAUAUUAUUUUGAACUUCCGAACAACCUAUGUAAGCAAAUCUGGCCAAGUUAUCUUUGAAGCAAGAUCAAUUUGCAUUCACUAUGUCACAACCUGGUUCAUCAUUGACUUAAUUGCUGCCCUGCCUUUUGAUCUCCUGUAUGCGUUCAAUGUUACAGUGGUGUCUCUGGUACAUCUCCUGAAAACCGUACGUCUGCUGCGUCUUCUGCGUCUUCUGCAGAAGCUGGACCGUUAUUCCCAACACAGCACAAUCGUUCUGACUCUGCUGAUGUCCAUGUUUGCGCUCCUUGCACACUGGAUGGCCUGUAUCUGGUAUGUCAUUGGAAAAAUGGAAAGGGAAGACAACAGCCUUCUCAAGUGGGAAGUUGGUUGGCUCCAUGAGCUGGGCAAGAGACUGGAGUCUCCAUACUAUAGCAACAGUACCUUGGGGGGCCCGUCCAUCCGCAGUGCCUAUAUUGCUGCCCUGUACUUCACCCUCAGCAGCCUCACCAGCGUGGGCUUCGGCAACGUGUCCGCUAAUACAGAUGCAGAGAAGAUCUUCUCCAUCUGCACGAUGCUGAUUGGCGCUCUGAUGCACGCCUUGGUGUUUGGAAAUGUGACGGCGAUCAUACAGCGCAUGUACUCCAGAUGGUCCCUCUAUCACACCAGAACGAAGGAUCUGAAGGACUUUAUCCGCGUGCACCACCUGCCGCAGCAGCUCAAACAGAGGAUGCUAGAGUACUUCCAGACCACCUGGUCGGUCAACAACGGGAUCGACUCAAAUGAGCUUUUGAAAGACUUUCCAGAUGAGCUGCGCUCUGAUAUCACCAUGCACCUGAACAAGGAAAUCUUGCAGUUGUCCCUGUUUGAGUGUGCCAGCCGGGGCUGCCUCAGGUCCCUGUCUCUCCACAUCAAAACCUCUUUCUGUGCUCCAGGGGAGUAUCUGCUACGGCAAGGAGAUGCUUUGCAGGCCAUCUACUUUGUGUGCUCAGGCUCCAUGGAGGUGCUGAAAGACAGCAUGGUGCUGGCUAUUCUGGGCAAAGGAGAUUUAAUUGGAGCAAAUCUAUCCAUUACGGACCAAGUGAUCAAGACCAAUGCAGACGUGAAAGCUUUAACCUACUGUGAUCUGCAGUGCAUCAUCCUCAAAGGACUCUUUGAAGUUCUGGACCUGUACCCCGAGUACGCACACAAGUUUGUGGACGACAUUCAGCAUGACCUCACCUACAACCUUCGGGAAGGUCAUGAGAGUGACGUGAUGUCAAGAUUGUCCAACAAAUCUGCAGUCUCACAGUCAGAGCCCAGGGGAAAUGGCAGUAUCAAAAAGAGACUCCCAGCCAUCAUGGAAGAUGAGGAAGAGGAGGAAGAGACAGAAGGAGAGGAGACGACGUCCCUCUCUCCUAUCUACACGAGGCGAUCUUCCUCGUCACGCAGCAGGAAGGCUGGAAGCAGUAAAGGCUACCUAGGCCUAAGUCUGAAGCAGCUAGCCUCAGGAACGGUGCCAUUUCCCUCACCCAUCAGAGUCUCCAAUUCAAAUUCCCCCAAAACCAAACAGGAAACUGACCCUCCUCACCAUGGUAAAAGGAAAGAGAAGAACUUGAAAUUGCAGCUUUCAACUUUGAAUAGCGCUGGACCCCCAGACCUCAGCCCAAGGAUUGUUGAUGGAAUUGAAGAUGGUAACAGCAGUGAAGAAAGUCAGACUUUUGACUUUGGCUCUGAACGAGUAAGACCAGAGCCCAGAAUUUCUCCUCCUCUUGGAGACCCAGAAAUUGGAGCUGCUGUCCUCUUCAUCAAAGCAGAAGAGACCAAACAGCAGAUAAAUAAACUCAACAAUGAGGUCACAGCGUUGGCUCGGGAGGUGUCCCAGUUAGGCAAAGACAUAAAGAAUGUGAUGCAGCUCCUGGAGAAGAUCCUCUCGCCCCAGCAGCCUCCACAGCACGUUUGCUGUCUGCACACCACUUCCGUGUGUCCGUCCAGGGAUGGCCUACAGACCUGCAGCACUCAGCAGCCUUGCCUGCACUUGCGAGCCGGGGGCACUGCUUACUCGCAGGCACAGCUCUGUCUCACCUCAGACAUCUGGAGCGCAGAUCCCUCCUCGGUGGGGAGCAGCCCCCAACAAACCGCGUCUCAGGAACAGAACCCCACGGGCGGUGAACUUUACCAGCCUUCCGGUCUGGAUCAUUCACCUGCCCACUACCAAGUCGUCCAAGAAGGUCGCGUGCCACUUUUAAGGUGCGUCUCUCCACGUUCCGACACGCCGCUGACGCCCCUGCAGCCCAUCUCGGCCACCCUCUCCUCCUCCCUCUGCCCCUCUUCAGAGACGUCCCUGCAUCUGGUCCUCCCAAGCAGAUCGGAGGAGAGCAGCUUCGGGCAGGGAGCCGUGAGUUCCUUCAGUCUGGAAAACCUGGCAGGAUCGUGGGACCACCGGAAAGGAAUGGCCUCCAUCUCCCCUGAACCUUUGGAGAACUUCCCCCUGGAAGUUGUCACAAGCACAGCACAAGUGAACGCUGAUAAAACCGUAGACGUGUGACGACCGCAGAGCACAUGGCGCAGACAUGGCUAGUUUCAGGCCCACCACUGCAUGACAGCUUAGCUCGCCUUAUUUUUCAUUUUUAUUUAUUUAUUUAUUUAUUUAUUUAUUUGCUUCUGACAGGUAAAAA